AUGAGCAACCCCUCUCAGCUGACUCAAAAUGUUUGUCUCACCCAGAAGAUGGAGCUCCCGAAGGGCUUCUCUGGCCAAUGGACAUUCCUAUCUGCCCUCCUCAACCUGCUAUCAUUCAGCCUCUCCGCAGCAUCCCUGCUCAGCAACUGGUUUGUGGGCACACAGAAGGUGCCCAAGCCCCUGUGCAGAAAAGGUCUGGCAACCAAGCGCCUUGACGUGCCGGUGCCCUUGGAUGGGGACGGCAACAACACAUCAUCCCAGAAGGUGGUGCAAUACAGCUGGGAGACUGGGAAUGACCGCUUCUCCUUCCAUGCCUUCUGCAGUGGCAUGUGGCUAUCCUUUGAGGAAGCUGUGGAAGAACCAGGGGAGAAGUGCCGAAGCUUCAUUGAACUCACACCACCAACCAAGAGAGAGAUCCUUUGGUUAUCUCUGGGAGCCCAGUUCAUCUACCUCGGACUUGAACUCAUCAGGUUCUUCCUCCUACUAACGGACUUGCUGUUCACUGGGAACCCUGGCUGUGGGCUCAAGCUGAGUGCCUUCGCAGCUAGUUCCUCUAUCGUGUCUGGCCCUCUGGGGAUGGUAGCCCACAUAGUGUAGUCACAAGUCUUCCAGGCAACUGCCAACUUGGAUCCAGAAGACUGGAGGCCACAUGCUUGGAAUUACUGCUGGGCCUUCCACACAGCCUCGGUUUCCUUUACCUGCUGCACGGCAUCAGCUGUCACCACCUUCAACGCAUACACCAAGCUGGUGCUGGAGUUCAAGUGCAAACAUAGUAAGAGCUUCAAAGGAAACCUGAGUGGCCUGCCAGUUCACCACCAGUGCUUCCUCCAACAGCUGUCAGGUGCGCCACCCCGGGGUCCUUUGCCCGGCUACCACCAGUACUACAACCAGCCCAUCUGCUUUGUCUCUGAAGGAGCUGACUUCUCUGCAGAGCUACAGAACGAGGGAUUCCAACAAAGCACCAGCCUGGGGCUAGAAGAAGAGCUGGCUGGGUCAUCUGUAGAACAGUGUUGGGAGUAA